GUUUCCUUAGCUACAAGUGGCUUCAAUUAUUUAUAAAGGUCAUUAUUUGCAUCGAGUAAAAAUUGUUAAUAUUCUUGACACCAACAUUUAACAAUCCAAAAAAUUGAACGUGUGUGAUUUCAGUGAUCACCGUGUGAGUUUCCAGUGAUAUUUUUCAGUAAAAAAUAUAUCGCUAUCCAGUACAAAGAUGAUCUGUUCGAGACACGUUCUGUUUGGGUCUCUCUUCGCUGUGAUCGUUACCACAGCAACAUGUCAAGAUGGCGAUGCAGAUGGUUCUGAUGGUGGUAACACCAGUGUCAGUUACCCGACAUACAACGAAGUUCCAACUGGUCUCAGAUUUUCCUGCAGGGACAAACUGCCGGGUUACUACGCCGACCCGGAAGCACAAUGUCAGGUCUGGCAUUGGUGUCUGCCGUUUGGCAAGAAGUUCAGCUUCCUCUGUCCAAACGGAACUGUGUUUAACCAGCUUUACCGAGUAUGCGACUGGUAUUACAAUGUGGACUGUCCGAACGCGCCAGAGAAAUACGAUAUCAACAAAGACCUCUACAAGGACAAGGAAGGAAAACUGAUCUAGAAAUCAUAACACCGAUCACAUUGCCCGUAUGUCAUUCCAGGAGCCUCAGUCUUCAACAUAAUUCGUAAUGUUCAACAAAGACACAUCUUAAGUCUCUACGCAAUUCAAACUGGCAUCUGGUGCAGUAUUUUUCAACAUUUCCCACUCAAAUUACAAGCCAUUUCUGGCUGCACAUAUACAUUGAGGAUAUUUGGCCGCUGUGCCGUUAGGACCUGGAAAUUCGACAAGCAACGCAGUGUUCAAGCAUUAGAGACAUGCCGUGCGGUGCUAUUAGCACAUAGAACCAAAUAUCCUCACUAUACACGGCAGUCUGGUCUGGUUUUCAAACGCGUUCUUUUGGAGUUUUUAAUAUAUGCCCUAUUACAACCUAGCAAAAAUGUAUAAUUAAUUUUCGUAAGAUCGGCUCUUGUGAACAUGAUAAUUAAUACUGGAGUCCAUGGAAUUUCUUGACCAGCUAAACGACUGUCAGCUUAUCAAUGACUCUGUUCCGUGGAGUUAUAUUCGUAACGUGAGUUACAAUGUUGUUGCUCGUGAUUGUAAAGACAAAGAAAACACUGGAUUAAACAGAAAGUAUACAUUA